AUGGUGAACGCUGCUACAACCGGAGAAGAUGCCCAGGGCCAAGAUGGUGGUGCAAUUUCCUCUGAGGCCACUGCUGGGGGCUUCCAGAGAGAUCCUCUCAUCAUCAAGAGGAUGAGCUUGUUGCUGCAGUUCCUGUUGCACAAGUGCAAGAUGAGAGAGCCCAUCACCAAGGCAGAGAUGAUGAAGAUCAUCAACAAGAAGUACCAGGAGCGCUUUCCUGAGGUCCUGCACAGAGUCUCUGAGCACAUGGAGCUGGUCUUCGGCUAUGCCUCUGGCACAGGAGCAGAUGAAAGUGCCCAGGGCCAAGACGACAGUGCAAGUUCCUCUGGGGGCCCCCAGAGAGAUCCUCUCAUCAAGAGGAUGAGCUUCUUGCUGCAGUUCCUGCUGCACAAGUACAAGCUGAGAGAGCCCAUCACCAAGGCAGAGAUGAUGAAGGUCAUCAACAAGAAGUACAAGGAGCGCUUCCCGGAGAUCCUGCAGAGGGCCACCGAGCACAUGGAGCUGGUCUUUGGCCUUGACCUGAAGGAAGUCGACCCUGAGUCUCAGUCCUACGUCCUGACCAGCACUGUGGAAUUCAGCAGAGAAGAGAAUCUGAGUAGUGGCACAUUUCCCAAGUACGGGCUGCUCAUGCCUCUUCUGGGCAUGAUGCACUUGAGUGACAACCAGGCCAGUGAGGAAGAGGUCUGGGAAUUCCUGAAUAGGUUGGGCGUCUAUGAUGGGAAGAGGCACUUCAUCUUUGGGGAGGCCAGGAAGCUCCUCACCAAAGAUCUGGUUCAAGAAAAGUACCUGGAGUACCGUCAGGUGCCCGGCAGUCACCCUCCAUGUUACGAGUUCCUGUGGGGUCCCAGGGCCUACACUGAAGCCUGCAAGACCAAGGUCCUGAAGUUCCUGACCAAGCUCAAUGACGUGGACCAGAAUGCCUUCCAAACCUUGUAUCUGGAAACUUGGAGAGAUGAGGAAGAAAGAGAAGCCGGCACAGGCUGGCCUGGGGUCGGGAUGAAUGCCAGGGCCAGGGCCCGAUUCAGGGCCAAGUCCAGCAAGGCCUCCCACUCUAGAAGAGUGUGA